AUGUUUCUGGUCAUAGUAGACAGUUAUUCGAAAUGGCCAGAAAUAUAUGAGAUGGCUAAUAUCACUAGUUCUCGCACCAUAGAGGUUUUUGAAAGUGUAUUCACUAGGUUUGGAUAUCCAGUGCAUUUGGUAACAGACAACGGUCCUACAUUUACCAGUCAAGAAUUUAAAGACUUUUGCAUAACUAAACACAUUAAGCAUACAUUUUCACCGCCAUAUCAUCCUGCGACCAAUGGUGCGGCUGAAAGGUUUGUGGAAACGUUCAAAUCUGCUAUAACUAAAAUUAAAGAGAGUGGACUUAAUUUAAGAUCUUCAGUGAAUUUAUUCAUGUUUGACUAUAGAAGUACACCACAGCGCACUACAGGAGUCUCACCUGCUCGCCUUAUGUUAAGCCGAGAAUUAAGAAAUAGGUUUAGUUUAUUGCGCCCUCCUCCCCUGUCAGAAGUGGUGCAGGAGAGAGUGGAAAAAAGGGACCAAGGGAAAAGGGAUGUCAGUUUUGAAAUAGGUCAGAAAGUAAUGGUAAGAGACUACAGAAAGGACAGCAGGCCAUGGGUUCAAGGAUUAGUUAUUGAAGAGUCAAUACCAGGAACUACCUACGUGGUAGAUGUAGAAGGGCUUAAGUGGAAGCGCCACAUCAAUCAGAUGUUAAGUUGUGCUGAUGAACUAGAGGAGUUAUGUUAG